AUGGAAACAGAAGUACGCGGCGCGGUUGAAGAGUUUUUGGUGCAGUGGCAUGGCGCGGAGAAGGGCGACGCAGUCAUCGUGGAGCUUGCUGCCUUUUAUCGGCAUGUUCGGGACAUCAAGGCGAGCCAACCGCGACAGUGGAAACUGCUAUGCGAGCGCAAUAUUCCCGUAUUCGACGUUUGGUGCGGAUUAAACAAGUUCCCGCUGCUGCAAGACAUUGCCCUGCGGCUGUUCAGGUGUGCUGCGUCUAGUGCUGCCUCCGAACGCAACUUUUCGGCGCACGCAUUCAUCCACUCCAAGCUUCGGAACCGCUUGGUACCCGAACGGGUUGAGAAGCUCGUGCACAUUUUCUUCAAUGCGAAGAACAUUUGCGAUGAAGACAUUGAGCGCUAUUCGCAUUUGGAAGAUCUACUUAGAGAGGCAGAUGAUGAAGAAGACACCGAAGAGACCGAUGCGAACCAGAGCGAGGACUAUGUGUACUACUAG